AUGUACAUCACUCUCUACUUUCUAGUCACCCGUCUCCCUGAGUCCCUACGUGCCGUUAGGACCAGUUUCUCUCUGUCUGUCCCACCACCCCUCACUGUCGACCUCCUUGAGAAGUCCCUGCUAGCGGCUGAGAAGAGUAUAGUCGCUGUAGGGGCCUCUCGUGGUGACCCUCGCACCCCCAUCUUUGAGGGGUGUUCUCCCUCCCCCCUGUUACCCUCUGUCGCCUUUGCUGCUGCGUGGAGGCGGGUGGUGGUGGCGGACGGUGGCGGUGGGAGCGGCGGGGCGAGGGUGGCGGUGGCGGCCGGGGUGGCGGCGGAGGCGGGGGGUGGCGGUGGUGGAGGUAGUCGGAGUGGCACGUCGCAGCGGAGCAGCACUGCGGUGUGGUCAGCGCCAGCAGCAGCAGCAGCAAGCAGCGCUCUCGCGACAUCCCCGCCCCUCAUCAGCUCCGUGAGUGGUACUCGCAGCGUCAGCGUGGUGGGGCGUUCGGCCCCUGCACCUACGUCCUUCGCACCGGCGACCGCAGCGGGUGAGCAGUGUGGGGGCACACACACCGCCCGCCGCUGCUUUGCCCGCUUGACCGACGCUUGGCGCCAGCAGUUUCCGGAGGCCUCUGAGAUCCCCCGCUGGGGAGAGCUGUCUAGGGCUGGUGUAGCUAUCUUUGAUCUUGACUAUGAUGCUAUCCUUGCUGCCAUGUAUGCUGUGACUGUUAGUGAUGAGGGUGACUGUUACCGGUGUUUCCCGCCCGACGCGGGGCAUUGUCGGCCGGUUGCGGUGUCCCUGGCUGACCCCUCUGGGGGUUCCUGUCCUGUCUCGUUUCUCUACAGUCCUCCCGUGUCCGGCGGCUCCCUCUGGCACCCUGACUGGUCUCUACCUCCCUUCGUUCUCUACGAACCUGGGGCGCCAGCGGGCUGCCCCUCACUCCUCCCAGUUUCCUCCGACAGAGGCUCCGUUGCAGACGCUUCACAUGGACAGUGGGGGCCCUGCCCGCGUCCGUGGACUCGGUCACGAGCGCUACUUCCUGUGGUGGUUGACGACUACUCGCGUUACACCACAGUCUUCCCCUUGCGCAGCAAGGGUGAUGUCACUGAGGUGCUGAUCGACUGGAUCCGCGCAGCUCGUCUCCGGCUCAGGCAGAGCUUUGGAUCGGACUUUCCUGUGUUGCGUCUGCACUCGGACAGAGGCGGAGAGUUCUCCUCUGGCCUUCUGCGUGCCUACUGUAGUGCGCGAGGCAUCCGCCAGACCUUCACGCUUUCGGACUCACCGCAGCAAAAUGGGAUUGCAGAGCGCCACAUUGGCAUGGUCAUGGACGUCGCUCGUACGUCUAUGAUGCAUGCGGCUGCCCCCCAUUUUCUGUGGCCGUUUGCUGUCAGCCCUGCUGUGGACGGGGAAGGUUGGCGAUCCGUCGGCGUUCCGGGUCUGGGAUCUCGGGCGUUUGUCCGUGACUUGUCUGCGGACAAGCUGUCCCCUCGCGCUGCUCCCUGCGUCUUCCUGGGGUUCCCCCUCGACGCCCCUGGGUGGCAGUUCUACCACCCCACCUCUCGCCGUGUUCUGUCCUCCCAGGACGUCACGUUCGACGAGUCGGUACCCUACUACCGCCUCUUCCCCUACCGCACUCCGUCCCUCCCCCCACCCCUGCUCUUCUUGGUACCAGGUAGACGCGGUCGAGCGGUCGAGGUCACUGGUGACUCUGGUGCUGCUGUGGGUGCUGAGCCUGGGGGUGCUGUGCCUGGGGGUGCUGGGUCUGGGGGUGCUGAGUCUGGGGGUGCUGAGCCUGGGGGUGCUGAGCCUGGGGGUGCUGAGCCUGGGGUGCUGAGCCUGGGGGUGCUACGCCUGGAGGUGCUUUGCCUGGGGGGUGCUGAGCCUGGAGGAGCUGCCGUGAGUGGUUUGCUCGGCGCUGGAGGCGUGCUGCUGGUGCUGGAGGUUCUUCUGCUGCCGAGGGUGUGCUGCUGCCGUGGGUCCCGGAGGUGCUCGUACGGGAGUACUGGAGCUGCUGGGCCUGCGGGUUCACCUGGAGCUGGUGCUGCUGAGGGUGUUGGCGCUGAGACUACCACUAGUGGUUCGACUGGCGGUGCUCCUGGUGCUGCUGGAGGUUCUGGGGCUACUGGAGGAGCUGCUGGGGGUUCUGGAGCUACUGGAGGUGCUGCUCGGAGGUGGUCGCGGUUCGCGUCAGCGUCGCCUCCUGUCCCUGGCACGCACCGGAUGUCUCUGCAUCCGUCCACUGCUCCUCUACGUGCCCCUUUGCCUUCUCCUCCUUCUUCCUCUCUUCCUGCUCUUGCCGACCCGGAGUCGGACUCUCUUCGUGCUGCCAGUCCUACUGUCACGCGUCUCCUUGCUACUGCUGUCACUGACCCUUCUUUCGAGUCUUCUGCUGCGUCUUCCCUUGUCACUGAGCUCGUCGACUUUGCUGCGCGCUGUCGUCUAGACUACGCUGCUGGUCUUGUCGCUGAGUCUGAGUCUACCUGUCCUCCGUCCGUCGGGGGUGAGUGUGCUCUUGGCACGGACGUCCUUGAGGACAGGCAGGAGGAGUUCCAGUGUCUGGCCGCUGUUCACCUCAUCUCGCGUCUUGGCAUGUGGAUCUUCAGAGUGAAGCGGCCGCCGGGUUCUCCGCCUGUCUUCAAGGCGCGGUACGUGGCUCGUGGUUUCAGUUAG